UUUCCCGCCGCAAAGCGCGAUGGGAAACUCCGCGCGCAGACAAAGGAGCGGCCCCGCCCCCCCCAUCGCGCGCGGUGCACGCCGGGAAGGGGCAGCGCGCGCGGGGGGGCGGGGCUUGGCGGGACCGGCGCGCGCUCAGGCGAUGUGGGAUGGAGCGGGAGGAGGAGGAGGAGGAGGAGGAGGCUGAGGAAGGCCCGGGAGCCGCGCGGCCGGUGGGGCCGAGGAUGAGGAUGAGGAAGGACGCGGGGCUGGCGGAGCGGGCGGGGCCGCUGGGACGGCGGUGAGGAUGAGGAUGAGGAUGAAGAUAAGGCUGAUGAAGAUGAUGAGGAUGAUGAGGAUGAGGAUGAUGAGGAUGAGGAUGAGGAAGGCGUGGCGGGCCGGUUCCUGGCGCUGGAGCGGGCGCUGUCGGGAGCAGCUGCGGGCGCUUGCCGCCGCCGGGGCCGCCGGUGGCCGCCGUGUACGCCCGCUCGAGUACGCGUGGGAGCCGCACCGGAGCUUCGUGCGCCGCUACCUGCGCUCCCCGAAACCCAUCCUCUUCCUCGGCAUGAACCCCGGGCCCUUCGGCAUGGCCCAGACCGGGGUCCCGUUCGGGGCGGCGCGGGUGGUCCGGGAGUGGCUGGGGGUGUCGGGCCGGGUGCUGAAGCCCCCCCAGGAGCACCCCAAGCGCCCGGUGCUGGGGCUGCGCUGCCCGCGGGCCGAGGUCAGCGGCUGCCGCUUCUGGGGGCUGAUCCGGAGCCUGUGCCCGGAGCCGCGCUCCUUCUUCCGCCACUGCUUCGUGCACAACCUCUGCCCCCUCCUCUUCCUCGCCGCCUCCGGCCGCAACGUCCCCCCCCCGGAGCUGCGGCCGCCGCAGCGGGAGCGGCUCCUGGCGACCUGCGGCUCGGCGCUGGUGGCCACCGUGCGGGCGCUGGGCGUGCGGCUGGUGCUGGCCCUGGGGCGAGUGGCGGAGCUGCGGGCGCGCCGGGCGCUGCGGGGAGCGGGGCUGGCCGUGCCCGUGCGGGGCAUCCCGCACCCGUCCCCCCGCAACCCCCGCGCCAACCGCGGCUGGGAGAGCCAGGCCCGGGAGAGGCUGCGGGAGCUCGGGGUGCUGCGGCUGCUGGGGGUGGGCGAGCAGGGGGGAGAGCCCGGGGGGGAGCUGGAGUGCCCCAUUUUGGGGCAGAACGAGGCAAAACCGGGAAUUCGGCGCUGGGAGCGCAGGAUCGAUCCCUCCUUUCCCAGGAUCCUCUCCCAGAUUUCAGCGCGGGGUUGA